AUGAACAAUGUAGAACCGAUGUUGUGUCUUAUCGGGUGGUUUUUGCUAUAUGGUUCACUAUUGAGUGAUAUUGUGCAGUCCUAACGGUAUAGGACAUCACUUGAAGAAGCAACUCCUAUUCAAAACUAUCGCCACCAACUGCAUCAACAACAAGCAACAACAGCACGACGAAGACGGAAAGGAAGAGGACGACGACGAGGAGGUACGAGUCUUCUUCCCAGGAGGCCAAAGAGGUCUUCUGAUGGAGAGGGGGAGAGCUGACCGCGUGCUCUUCUACUUCCCAGGAGCAAACUUUUCGAAUAGGCGACGCCGUAUUUCAUAAUGGAACGAACGACGACGGAAGGAAGAAACCGGUGGCGAUGGUCUGGAGUUGAAUUGGAUCGAGAUCACACUCACAAGAUCUCGAACCACAAUGGAUCGAGAUGGAACGAUGGACUCGAAUGGAACAAUCGGGAUCAGCGGACAGGAUGGAUCGAGAUGGCGGAUGGACGACGACGACGACGACGACGUCGACGAGGACGACGUCGACGACGAAGGAUGGAUCGGGAUGGAUCGGGAUGGAUCGGGAUUGAUCUGGAUGGCUCGGGAUGGAUCGAGAUGGAUCGGGAUGGAUCGGGAUGGAUCGAGGUUAAUCGAGGUGGAUCGGGAUGGAUCGGGAUGGAUCGGGAUGGAUCGGGAUGGAUCGGGAUGGAUCGAGGUGGAUCGGGAUGGAUCGGGAGGGAUUGGGAUGAAUCGGGAGAAGGCGACGACGACGACGACAACGACGACGACGACAACGAAGGAUCGGGAUGAAUGGAGGCAAUCCGAAAGUUCGGAAAACGGUAAGAAAAGAUUCGAACGAUGCUUCAGCUAAGCUGAUUUUUACAGAUCGCCGACGAGAGCGACGAUGAACGAUCGGGAUGGAUGAAUCGGGAGGAUCGGAAUGUAUGAAAGGAUCGGGACGAAACAACGAUGGGAAUGGGAAAUCCGAAAGAUCGGAAAACGGUAAGAAAAGAUUCGAACGAUGCUUGAGCUAAGCUGAUUUUUACAGAUCGCCGACGAGAGCGACGAUGAACGAUCGGGAUGGAUGGAUCGGGAGGAUCGGAAUGUAUGAAAGGAUCGGGACGAAACAACGAUGGGAAUGGGAAAUCCGAAAGAUCGGAAAACGGUAAGAAAAGAUUCGAACGAUGCUUGAGCUAAACUGAUUUUUUACAGAUGCUAAUCAACGAGAUCGCAAGGAACGGAUGGAACGGAAUGUAAAGGCGGGAUUCUACACUUUAAUUCUAUCUUCUAAUUCUUAA